GGCAUGAGUGGCAUCAGCGUCGUCCUUUAAGCGCGGGCUGGUGAACCUCUAAGCUGCGCGUUGCCGGGCGGGAACCGCGACGCGGCAGUCGACCGGGCAUCGAGCAGCGGGCGACAUGUUCCAUGUGCCGGAGAGCGAGGGCGGCCGAGCCAGCUCCAGGGGCAUGCAGCCCCCCGGAGGAGCAUCGAGUGAUCUUUUUGGAAGUCCAGAAGAAGUUGUUCCUUCAAGUCGACCCAACAGGAUGGCAUCGAAUAUUUUCGGACCAACGCAAGAACCUCAGAACAUGCCCAAGAGGACCAACCCCCCAGGAGGAAAAGGAAGUGGUAUUUUUGAAGAGUCAAUGCCUGUGCACACUCGACAGCGUCUGAACCCCCCUGGUGGGAAGACCAGUGACAUAUUUGGGUCCCCUGUGACGGCUACUUUACCCUCAGCGCAUCCCAACAAACCCAAGGACCAUGUGCUCUUGUGUGAAGGAGAAGACCGGAAAUUGGACCCUACAGCUGCCAUGAGCGCCUUGCCCAGAGAAGAGCCCGGAGAGAAAGGUGGCCCAAGAGAAGCAGACUGUGCCCAGGAGCCCCAGCCCACACCUACAGCUGACAGCCAUGAGCCCAGGCUGGGCCCACGUCCUCGAUCUCACAACAAAGUCCUGAAUCCACCUGGAGGCAAAUCCAGCAUCUCCUUCUACUAGAGAAGCAUUGCUUCCCCUGUAGCCAGAUAAGAAAAUCGAGAGAUAGGAUUUCAAAUAUAGUUCCUUUAGGAACGGGGUUGGAUAGAGGGUCUGUCGUGUAUCUGAAGCCACUGCUCAGGCUCCCCACAGAGGACCUCACCUUCCAGACUGCCGAGAGACAUUUCUUUUUGGGGGGCUGUGACGCCUUGGGGAGCAGUCCCACGUCAUUUUGGAUGUGAGAGGAACUUUCAUUGGGCUGGGUGGGGAGCUGGUGAAGUGAGAUCUUCCAAGUCGCUGCAUCGGUUACUGCCAGCCAAUCGGGUAUCUAGGAAUCACUUCACACAGUAGCCGAGUUUAAAGCCUCAGAAAGAAAGCCAAAACAACCUGUGCGCAGAGCAAAAGCCGAAACACUAGUCUCCAUUCUUGGGACUACUGCUGCUACCCGAGACCUUCUUUGCACCAGGCACAGAGUAUUCUGCAGUCUUGUCUUGAAGUAUUUUGAUUGCUUUCCAUCGGCAGCUGUCAACAAAAACCAAAAAGUUUUCUCAGUCUUACGCUUUAUGGACAGAUUUGAACCCCGAUCCUCUGGGGUGAUCUAUCUGCCUUUCACUCACAAGGGGCUGGACUCGGUCUCUUCACAGACUGGUUUUGCUUGUGAAUUGUUUUUGUGGGCUUUUUUUCCUCUCAUCCUUAAAGUUCAGCCUUAGCUCUUUACCACUAAUGUGGACAGUUCAUUUAUCUGCAAGGCCCACUGACUUCUGUAUGACUAAAACACUAUCCAGAUACAUAAUUGGUUAUUUAAAUCUUUCACGCGUCUUUACUCCUGUUGGCAUUGGGAAGAAGAGAUGUUUGAGAACUUUGAGUUCUUUAAUAUCUCAAAUACCAAGUGACUGUUGACUCUGGUCUGUUCUGACACCUCUCUAGAAAAAAGUCAGUUGCUCAGGUACACCAAAGGAAGAAAAGUUGACUUAGGCCACCCUUUAUAAAGCUUUGCAGGACCUUUGGACCAUAUUCAGUUUCCAGAAGAGACUUGGGAGGCCUGAGGCUAGGAGAUUAGUUUGUCAAAAAAGCCUUAACUGGCCAAAUUCUAUGCUACUUAUCGGCAAAGGUAACGACCUGGCAAGAUGAGUUGCUUUAAUCUGUCAGGCAGAAGUCUCUCCCACUGAGCUUCCUAAGAGAGUCUCCAUCACUCACGCUGGAACAGUAAAUAGAGGAGAGAGGGUUUGUGUGGUGGUGGCUGUUGGUUUGAGUGCCUGCAGAGCUAAUGCCAGGUGCUGGGAAUGCCUUCGUUGUCAAAAUUGAGGAAAGAAACCUGUGUGUUUAGUUGCAGCCCCAGUGGCUGAGACACUAAGUGCCUACAGGAGCUGCCCCCAAACCCCACUCUUACACCCGGCACAUUGGGAUCUGCAUGUGGCUUUGUCAACCAAAGAGUUUCCCUCCUUUCAGUUUUCCUGCCGAUUUUGGAGCCAAGAAAUACUUAUUUUAUGUGACUUUAUCAAGUACUUCCUGUCUCCAUGUUUCAAAUGGUCAUUUUUAAGAAAAUUGUUUGAAAUUCAGAAUAUUUCCCCCCAUUAAAACAUGUCAUAAAUGGUGAUUAACUUUUAAGCCCAAACACACAAAUUGGUUUUAACUUAUAAUGAAAUGCACUAAUGAUAUAAAUGAACUGCCAUUUAUAACUACGUUUUGCUUUUUAAUACACAAAAUAACUUGCGAAUUCCAAAUUGGGUUGCUGGCAUUGUGCUGCUGGCCCUUCCGGCCUCACCCUCACCCUCACUGUCAGGCAAAUGAGAGGAGGACUCUAGUUCCAUCCACUGGCAGGGAUCCAUGAACUCUUAGCAUCCUCUUAUCAGCCUCUAAGCUGCAUUGAAAAAUUACCAGUCUAUUUUUAUUAAGCCUUAAAACUUUUUAUGUGCAUUUGGUGCCAACUUUUUUCUAGAGCUGUAUCAAAAACAACAAACCUAUACUCACAUCACAAUGUAAUUUUGAUAGGAACAUUUUAUUUUUACAAGGCAGAAUUGGGUGUAACAGUUUAAAUAAAGUUAGUAAUCAUGUAUGCAGGGUC